CGUCGUUUACCAGUCGCCCGCCCGAGUCGUCGGUCUCGGCGGCCUCCCCCAGUCCGCCUCCUCCAGUCCCCGCACACGGUUUCUCCCAAGCGGCUUCUUCCUCGCCAUUUCCGCUCAAACGUUUUCCGUGGAUCCUCGAUUUGGUGGAUUCGGCGGCCGCGGCGGCGGAGCGCGGCGCUCGAGCUUUCCCCUCCGUUUAUGUUGCACCACUAUAAGAGAAAAGAGGACAUCUUUUGCUCUGAAAUGAUAUAGGUUUGGAGGCAUAUGUUCGAGAAAUCCUGCUCUGGAGUGAGAUAGGUUUGGAGGCAUAUUAGGACAACUUCUGCUCUUAACUCAGAUAGAUUUGGAGGCAAUUUUCUAUACAUAAUUGUGCUAAUGUGCGACAUCAAAUACAAAUGAGACACAUCAGUUUUUAUCGGAAUAUUGGAGACAGAUAACGUUAUGGUAGCCACCACAACUACAGGAAUGUUCCUUCUGUGUUUUGAUGCCUUGUGCCCCUGUUUUGGAUCAAAAAGGAAGGAUGGAAGUGAAGAUCCUGUUCUUGCAAGAGGUGCAACUUCCUCAAGUUCUUUUGAACUGAGGUCAAUUUCUGACAGAAUUUCCGGAAGCCCUCUUCGAGUACCUCCAAGUCCAUCUAGGUUUUCACUGUCUUCACCUCCAAGUCGAAAUGAUCCAUUGAACCUCAGUCUUGAACAAGUUAUUAAACUGACACGGAACUUCUCACCGGCCUUGAUGAUUGGUGAAAGUUAUUUCGGGAAGGCCUACAGAGUGGAUCUGCAAGAUGGACUUGUUGUGGCUAUUAAAAGGGCAAGGAAGGAACAUUUUGCUUCUUUACAUGCAGAAUUCAGAAACGAAAUUGCACUACUAAAAAAAAUUGAACACAGGAAUUUGGUCCAAUUACUUGGUUAUAUUGACAAAGGGAAUGAAAGAAUUGUCAUAACUGAGUUUGUUGCAAAUGGCACUCUUAGGGACCAUUUGGAUGGACAACACGGGCUAGUAUUGGGAUUUGGUCAGCGGCUUGAAAUAGCCAUAGAUGUUGCCCAUGGAUUAACUUAUUUGCAUUUAUAUGCAGGCAAACAGAGAUAUUCUAAUUUGAACAUUCCUUCUGGCAAUUUGCAUAUAUCUUGUCUCAAAUUAUCGUGUACUGUUAUGCUUUUAGAGAAACCCAUAAUACACCGGGAUGUGAAGUCAUCAAACAUUCUACUAACUGAAGGCUUCAGGGCCAAAGUAGCCGACUUCGGAUUUGCAAGAAUUGGUUCUACAGAGCCAGGCCAGUCAGUGAUACAGACUGACGUGAAAGGAACGGCUGGUUAUGUAGACCCAGAGUAUCUGCGGACAAACUAUCUGACAGUCAAGAGUGAUGUGUUCUCUUAUGGUAUCUUGCUCCUGGAAAUCCUUUCAGGCCGUCGUCCUAUUGAGGUAAACAGGGGAGCAAGAGAAAAGAUUACCGUGAGAUGGGCCUUUGAGAAAUAUAACAAAGGCGAUGUGCAGUCCAUACUGGAUCCAAUGUUGACUGAAUCAGUAAAUGAGGAUAUACUGAAUAAAACUUUUGAUGUGAUGUUCCAAUGUGUCGCUCCUACCCGUGCGGACAGGCCACCAAUGAAAGAAGUCGUUGAGAAGUUGUGGAAGAUAAGAAGGGAUUAUGCAAAAACCCAAAACAGAGCAGAAGUGGCCCUGUAAAUGUCUGGCACAGGGCUGCUUGCUGCUGCUUUUGCUGGAGAGAACAUGGCUGUACUCCGUUCUUUUUUUUCUUUGACAGCUGGCUGUACUCCGUUCUUGCUAAGACUAAAACGAACAUUACCGUGAAUGUGAACAGCUGAAAUCUGUACAGGGUUGCAACACUUGUUCUAUGUUGUAUAUCUUGGUGUAUUCAUGUUUAAGAGAUGAAUUUGAUGUGCACCGGCUGGCAAUAGAAGAUAUCUGUGUGUCAGUGUUUUCAAU